UAAUACCUCUAGAAACUUUGACUAUCAACGUCGCUGAGGUAUGAAGAGAGUGAUUGAGAAUCGUAAGUCUUACAUUAAUGAGCUUCAGGCGGUUUCUGACGGGUAUUCAUCGGCAAGGCGGGGUAAAUAUAAUGAUGGUACACUAGAAUGGCUCCAUUUUAGCGUACGCUUCCGCCACAUAUCAAUUAACGAGAUCUCUCCACAUCGAUUUACCUCUCAAACUGCGUUUCAGUAUAACAGCACAACCAAGAUGGCCUCAGCUACAGCACAACGACGUUUACUUCAAGAAUACCGCUCUCUCACAAAUAAUCCACCAGAGGGCAUUACCGCAGGUCCAGUCUCCGAAGAUGACUUGUUGUGCUGGGAGGCUUUAAUACAAGGACCGGAGGGUACACCAUUCGAAGGAGGAGUCUUUGCUGCUGAAUUGAAGUUCCCGAAGGACUACCCACUUGCGCCACCUAGUAUGAGGUUUCUCGGAGAAGUUUGGCAUCCUAAUGGUUCGUCUCGCUCAUUUCGUUUUUUUUCUGCCAAAAAUAUGCCAUAUGAGUACAUUAUGAUUUGAAGAAGAUAGUGCUAACAUGAUUCAUUGCCAGUCUAUCCAAGCGGCCUCGUUUGUAUAUCUAUUCUCCACCCACCCGGAGACGACCCAAACCACUAUGAACAUGCAUCCGAGCGCUGGUCUCCUAUUCAAAGUGUCGAGAAAAUCUUAAUAAGCGUCAUGAGUAUGUUAGCGGAACCAAAUGAUGAGAGCCCGGCGAAUGUAGAAGCUGCAAAGCAGUGGAGAGAACACAGAUCGGAAUAUGAGCAGAAAGUACGGGAUGGAUGUAGAAGAAUGCUUGGGUUGUGAAAGGGAUUAUGCGUGUUAUGGAUGAAGCCUUUGAAUCCCAAACUCAGAUAAGACGACGAGGUCGGGUUACACUGGUACGCGCGAGGCUGGCCAUCUGAAUGGUAGGAUUCGCUAUCCUAACAUCGCUUUCAUCACACGCAAUUUGGGACAUCGCAUUAGGGCCAACAAUCGUAUGUACACAGAAUAUGAACGGGUGGAGGGAGUUUGGGCAUUGAAGGUAUGGUGUUCGGUGCUAGGGAUCAGGUUGUUAAUGCAUUAUAUACGAGAUGGAUAUACGGGCGAUAUAUAAUAAAUUCCCUUUACUGUCUUCGAUCCGAAAAACUUCCCAGGUGUGAAAAUCAUUCUGAGGCUAGGAAAAUUUAAUCUCAGGCAUCUACUCAAGCAUAGGAAAUUAUGCUAGUCAUUAUCACUGUCCUCGUGAUGACUCUGAGAAGCCAUUAGACCUUUUAAACUGCACAAUUGUGAUUAGAUAGAAGCGAGAGGUUGAACGGUAGCUAAACGAGCCGUAGAUGUCAUGAAAAUAUUCUCA